CCCGCUCGCGGCAAAGAUGGCGGCGCUGAGCAAGUCCAUCCCCCACAGCUGCUACGAGAUCGGGCACACCUGGCACCCGCGCUGCUCCUGGGCCGUCCUACACGUCACGCAGGGGGCUCUGGCCGAGUCCCUCCGCAUCUACGGCACCCUCUACCUGAUUGCAGCUAUUCUCAGGAAACGAAAACUUGACUAUUAUUUGCACAAACUCCUACCUGAGAUCUUACAAUCAACAUCCUUUCUGACAGCAAAUGGGACCUUAUAUAUUGCUUGCUUUUGCAUUCUAAGGAAGAUACUUGGAAAAUUCUACUUUUGGUCUCCUGGCUUUGGUGCUGCUUUGCCUGCUUCUUACAUGGCUAUUCUGAUCGAAAGGAAAAGCAGGAGAGGUCUCCUCACAAUUUACAUGGCCAAUCAAGCCACAGAAACAUUGUUCCGAAUGGCAGUUGCAAGAGGAGCUAUUAGACCUUUAAGACAUGGAGAAGUCCUUUUGUUCUGCAUCACAGCUGCUCUGUUCAUGUUCUUUUUCAGAUGCAAAGAUGGCUUGAAAGGAUUUACCUACUCUGCACUAAAAUUUAUUGUAGGGAAAGAAGAAAUUCCCACUCAUUCAUUUUCACCUGAAGCAGCAUUUUCAAAAGUAGAUAAAAUGAUAAAGCAUUGUGAAAAACAGUCACAGCCAAGGAACAUACUGACUCUGACAAAGAAGCUCAUGGACAAAGUGUGCAAACAUGGCCCAAGGCAUAGAUGCUGUAAACACUAUGGAGAUAAUUGCAUCUCAUAUUGUAUUAAAGGCUUCAUUAGGAUGUUUAGCAUUGGUUACCUGAUCCAGUGUUGCCUUCGGAUUCCAUCCACCUUCCGACAUCUGUUUACAGAACCAUCCCGGCUACUUUCCCUCUUCUACAACAAAGAAAAUUUCCAGCUUGGAGCUUUUCUGGGAUCUUUUGUCAGUAUAUACAAAGGUACUAGUUGCUUCCUGCGUUGGGUACGAAACCUAGAUGACGAGCUUCAUGCACUUGUAGCUGGGUGUCUAGCAGGAAUUUCUAUGAUGUUUUACAAAAGUACUACAAUCUCUAUGUAUCUGGUGUCCAAAUUAGUAGAGACUAUAUACUUCAAAGGCAUUGAAGCAGGGAAGGUUCCCUAUUUUCCUCAUGCAGACAGCAUCAUCUAUGCCAUUUCAACAUCGAUAUGCUUUCAGGCAGCUGUGAUGGAAGUUCAGAACCUGAGACCUUCGUAUUGGAAAUUUCUUUUACGACUAACAAAUGGCAGGUUUGCUCUCAUGAACAGGAAAGUUUUAGAUGUAUUUGGCACUGAAGCAUCUAGGAACUUCAAGGAUUUCACCCCUAAGCUGGACCCAAGGUACACGGUGGUACCACCGGAGCUACCGCUGGAGCAGUCCUGAAGACCAUCCUACAUCUCGUCUUGAAUGUCAUCAACGUUUUGUCCUGAAGAGUUAAUUAACUUAAGGGUUGUGUAUACAGAGGAGGGCUCGGGCUCCACUUCAGUAUUAUUUCAAUGAGAAAUGCUUUUUUACCAAUCAAAAAAUACUGAAGCUUUGCAGGAAGGUGUGGCUUAGUGAUUAAGCCCCUUCUGUACACAGAAAACAUUUCUGUAUUACUGUAGUUGGUUGACAGUAUGGUAGAUUCCUGAAUGAAUUAAACAAAUGAGUAAUAUAUUUAAAGAAGAGAAGAAAAACAUAAAUGUGUUUAACACUCUCAAAAACCCCCUAGUUCAUACCGGUAGAAUGUUUCUUGGUAAAACUAAAAGUAAUUCUUAAUUUGCAAAGGGAGACAAAUGUCAUAGUUUAGCUUCAAACUAUUACCUGGCCUUCAAACUAUUGCAGUCAGGUGAAAAUGCCUCCUUGGCUAUGGAAAACCUGUGUUACUGAUUCCUCUCAAGAGCCACCUCCCACUCAUUCACUAAAGUCACAGCAUUUUUACACAGCUACGGUUGCAAAAAUAAGGCAUUCCUUAGGAAAAGAAACUGCUUACUAAUUCAGAGGUGACAUUCCAGGGCUGUAAAUCGCACUGUCGAUACAGAUAAGGGAUGAGGCACAUGAAGAAGACCGUCCCGGUGGCCGCUGCGCUGCAGGGAGGAGCGGCGGGAGUGGCAGCCAGCCUCUGCCAAGUGGAACAUGGCAAAACCAGCAGAGGAAGGAAUGGAACGUUCCAGCCUCUGAGAUGCUGCUGCAAACAGCAGACAGUUAACAAAAAUAAAAAAGCCAAGAACAAACAAAAAUCCCCCAAAAUAUGCUGAAAUUCAGUGUUUGUUUUUAAAGGGCUCGACAUUGUCACUUUGGAUGGCAGCGGCUUGUUUGGCAAGCUGAACGCCAGCCAAGCAUUUCAGCGUUUCUUUAAAGGACAGCUGACCCCUGAGGUCAGGCUGUUACAAGACAGCAGUUUUGACUAUCACAUUAAUAGUAUUUUUUGCUUGUACUCAGUGGAGAGUGCUUUUCAGACAGCCAUGACUGGAACACUGGCAUUCAACUUAAUCCAGUACUUGGUUCAAAUAACUACGUACACAAAUUCCAUCUCAUUUUUACCCUGCGCAACUCUGCAGGUAAUAAUUGGUGUCCUAAAGAGAGACUUUGACAUGCCAAUUGUUUGGGUUUUCUUUUUUUCAUUUGCUUUUGGGGGCUUUUUGUGCUUUGUUUUUGUUUAUUAGAAUUCAUUCAGGUGAUGCUGAAUGGUGUUUGUUACUCUAGAACGUAACGAAAAGAUGAACUAUAUUCACAUUCAACUGAAAAGAGAUGAGGUAAGCCAGGGAGUGGAAAUUGCAGUGGGAGGCAUGUCUUUUAAAAAGGAAAACAAAUGAAGUGGUUUAUCUGCAGAGGGUUGGACUAGAUGAUCUCUAAAGGUCCCUUCCAACCCCUGCCUGUCUACAAUUCUAUGAUUUGUAAGCCUUUGUCAAAUAAUGAGUUGGAUUAAUUAAUAGAAUCUUUGUCUUGUAACACUGUAAUCCUACCCCAGACUUAAGCAUAUUUUAAUUCCCAUUGGUUUAAUUUCUUACUGCCCAAUAUGGAGUAAUUGUUAUCAGAUUUACAGAUAUGUCAUGAAAAUUGUACCAAUCUGUGCACAAAAUCCGCUUCUUCAUCAGCUACUGUAACAGGGAUGCUUUUUCACUGUUACUCAUGGUGCUUCAUCCUUUCAAACAGCAGUUCUCCCAAGUUAGUUAGUGUGAAUAAAGUUCUGCAAGCUAGUCUAUAUGCAAUAUUUUAUUGCUUGAAAUACUGUAUCAGAAUUCCUCAGAAGGAAAUAGAGGUUAAUUCAACAAGAACUUUCAAAGGGUUGUUAAUAGGUUUGUAGUGUUUUUCCACUGGAACAUGGUCUAAAAUGUUUGACCUUGUAAAGUCUGAGAAGUUACAUAUUUUAGGUAAUAUGUUAGAACUCACACUCUAUGUUAUGAAUGCUUUCUAGUGUAACUAUAUACUGUGCUCAAACUUCAAGACAUUUUAUAGAUGGAUUCUUCACUGGAAUGGCAAAUGUGAUUGUUUCUCUAUUUGAGUUUAACAAAAAAAAAAUCCCAAGUCCUACAUCUCAGCAGCUACACAACAGCUUUGUCUAUGUUUUCUUGCUUCCAAAACUCCCAGUCCUUGUUUCAAGUUGUUUUCAUGUAAUAUAAAAACAAAUCUAAAAAUUUUAAAUUAUUUUUAUUCAAAUCAAGUAUAUGGAAGAGGAAAAAAAAAUGAAGUCCUAAUGUU